AUGUCCGGCCGAGGUUAUCACAGAGGAUUGUUUGAAAAAGCAUUAGAAGACCGCUCGGGAGAACAAGUCUCAGGUCUGCUACUUCUCUGUUCCAGCUAUAUUUGUCAUGUAGUAGAGGAAAUUAAAGUUUUAGUGGUAGCACAUAACAUUCCCACCAGACUGUUCCCCGACUGGUACGUGGCAAUAGCAACGUCUCCCGUGACAUGUCCACAAGGCUCAAUGCAGUCGGAGUCUACGGCAGAGGUGGUGGCAGAGUGCCUUACCCUCCUACUCAAACUGGCAGCCUGCAUUCAGAGCGUCGAGGAUGACAGUGAGGACGCCAAUGACAGUGUCCACACUCUCGCACCUGAGCUGCAAAUCCCGGCAGAGACAAUUAACUAUUUGUGCAAUGCUGAAGAAUGCUGUAUCCGGUGUUUCUCUUCGCAGCUGGACUCGUUUGUGUUUAACAUGAAUCUACACAUUAAAGGACAGAUAUUCAUCCCCAGUAUGCUUCUGCUACAGUCCUUAAAAGAACAAACUGAGCAGCCAGUGAUCCUGAGCUACAAAGCCCAGGGACUGACUGGGUAA